CUUAAGUAGUGAGUUGUAAAGAUUGACUUUUUAAGAAAUCAGCUGCGUUCAGAUUGCAUAUAAAUUGUUGUGUGUUUGCGCAAGAGGAAUUCCUCGCGCUUCAAGAAUUUAUCGAUUGGAAGCUUCAAACCCAGAUUUACCGCUGCCACUAGAUAAAUUAUCCCUCAAAUCUAUCGAGAAAGAUAGUUUAUCAAGCUCUGAUGCCAAGGGGAAGAUAUUUGUAGUUUUGGUUUCAACUGGAAGUUUCAAUCCUCCUACAAACAUGCACCUGCGUUGUUUUGAGUUGGCUAGAGAUGCUGUUAAUUCUCAAGGGUUUUGUGUCGUUGGAGGUUACAUGUCACCCGUAAACGAUUCGUACAAGAAGAAGGGUCUUAUCUGUGCAGAGCAUGGUAUUGCUAUGUGCAAUCUUGCUUGUAGAAGUUCUGAUUUUGUUAUGGUGGAUCCAUGGGAGGUCCACUUCUCUCUCUAAACACUUAUAUUACCAUACUGUUGAUAUCUCUACGAAUUUCAUAAGUUCAUAAGCAGUGUUGUCAAAAUGUCGUUUGGGUCGCUUGGGUAGCCAGGGUCGCAGCCAGCACUGCCCCAACUUGGGUGGGUUGAUCGAGAUACGGGGUCGCGGCUGGGGCGACGGGGGCGAUUGGGUCGAGCCGGAGUCGAUACUGUGGGUCGCAGUCAAGUGGAGAAGAAAGAAAAUAGAAGAUGAACAGUCCCUAUAAUAUUUAAAUACUCCUCUACUAAAUGGAAUACAACUUUUACUCUCCUAAAUUACAUAAAUGAUUUAGUGGUGUAGGGUUGCUGACACGUUUUCCUAUAGUAAUUAAUAGACAGUCUCUCUUUCUCUCUCAUUACUCAUAGACAGAGUAAUAUUUAACACAUUCUUCAUCUCUGUCUUACUCGGCUCUCCAUUUCUAACAAAUGUUUAAUUAAUAUUUCAUAGGCAAUUAUGCAUCUCUCUUUCUUUAUAAGCUGCUGUUAUAUAAAUACAUUACCUAUAUUAUAAUAAGUGCACAAACCUAUCUACAACUUAGUUAUAUUAAUAGGGUGAAAUGGUAGGUCAAUAAAAAUAAAAGUUCAGCGUGUUAUGCAAUUUUUGCACUAUUACCACGUUUGAUUGGUGGGGUGCACGACCCGGUACACUCAUCGCCCCGCGACCCAAAAUUUCACUCAAUCGCCCCGGUGCGACCCGCGACCCUAACAACACUGUUCAUAAGCUAGCUAACAUCUUUCCAAGAGGCUAUUUUGGAUGAAUACAAGGUACUCCUUUAUCAUAUCAUAUCUAGGGAUGCUAUUUUGGAUGAAUACAAGGUACUCCUUUUUCUUAACUGCAACGACAUAUUUGACGAUGCAUUUGUUGAACGUCGACUCUCUAUUUUUGCAGAAGAAUAUUAUGGUUGUGGUUAGAUGCUAUUUUGUCACGAUCAAUAUAAAUUUACUAAAAAACAUGAUUGACAAAGGCAAAAUGCCCCUUUGUCUACUGGAGAUAUUAAUUAGCGCUGAAAAUGAGCGGGCAAUACCCUGCCCCGAUAAACCCGACCCGGACCCGAAUAGGAUGGAUCGGGAUCGGCGUCAUGGGCGGCGCCAUGGCGUCCCGCCUCAUCUCCGCCGGCUACUCCGUCACAAUCUACGCCCGCACCCCCUCCAAAGCCGCCUCCCUCCUCUCCCUCGGCGCAAAACUCGCCGAUUCCCCAGCCGACCUCGCCGCCGCCUCCGACGUCAUCUUCACCAUGAUCGGUCACCCCUCCGACGUCAAAUCCCUAAUCCUCCACACUCUCCUCCCCUCCCUCCCCCCCGGCGCCGUCCUCGUCGACCACACCAGCAGCGAUCCCGCCCUAGCACGCCAGAUCCACAAUUCCGCCCUCCAAAACCGCUGCCACUCCGUCGACGCGCCUGUAUCUGGCGGCGACCUCGGCGCCGCCCUCGGAAAAUUGGCGAUUUUCGCCGCCGGUGAUGGUAAAGUGGUGGAGUGGCUGAGGCCGCUGUUUGAUGUGAUGGGGAAGGUGAAUUACAUGGGGGAGGCGGGGAAGGGGCAGAGCUGUAAAAUCGCGAAUCAGAUCGUGGUAGGGGGGAAUUUGAUCGGGCUGAGCGAGGGUUUGGUGUUUGCGGAGAGGGCGGGGCUGGAUAAGGAGGCGUUUGUGGAGGCGGUGAGGGGCGGGGCGGCGGGGUCGAUGGCGAUGGAGCUGUUUGGGAAGAGGAUGAUUGAGAGGGAUUUUAGGGCGGGGGGAUUUGCGGAGUACAUGGUGAAGGAUUUGGGGAUGGGGGUGGAUGGGGAGGUGGUGGUGCCGGGGGCGGCGUUGGCGAAGCAGCUGUUUUCGGGGAUGGUGGCGAAUGGGGACGGGAAGAUGGGGCUGCAGGGCGUCGUGACGGUGAUCGAGAGGAUCAACGGCAUGGAAGGUUAAGUAAGGUUAGUGAUUGGUGAUUUGCAUUGUGUGUUGUUUGAAUCAAUGGAGAUUGAACGUGAAUUGGUGUUGAAUGUUGAUGGUGAUCUUGCUUUGAGUUCGAUGGUUACACAUUUUACUUCAAUCUUUAUUGCAGUUACUCACAUUUAAUUUAAGGAUCGAACAUACACUUGAGAGAUGUUGGAUAUAGAGUUAGCAAACAAACGAACUUGACCGCAAGUAAUGAAUUCAACAUUGCUCAUUACAAAACACAGCGGAAACAUAGUUAGGUCUAUGAAAAUAUGAAUCUUCGAGAGUCCUAUGCUAAAAACUGAUUACGCGACUAUGAUUGAUCAGGUGUUCUAUAUACUAUUCUACUUGAAUAUUAAGGGGAAUUAUCAGGUUUUUCCUUCGAGCUACAAGGGCAUUUUGAUCACAUUGUCUAAUUUGCUAUUUUGGUGAAUUAUUGAACAGAGAUGAGUCUUUCUCUGGAAACCUCUUUACCAUUUCUCAUUUACUAUACUUCAGAUUUUUUUUCCUUUAUUAUUUUGGUAAAAGUCUUUUAACCAUUCUGUUGUAAACUCUUGCAAGUUUUCUUGGGCACAAAAGGAGAGCUCCUGCUGAUAUUUUAGGACAGAGGAAAUCUUCCUAUUUGUGUUAGGAAGCUUGUUUCACUUUCAUGUGUGCAGUCCACUAUUUGGCUAUUUUGGUACAAUUCUUGGCAAGGUUGGACAACAUUUUGGAGAGUUAAUAAAUGGUGUUCUUGGCCAGCAUCAAGCACCACUUAAUUUCUUCUGGUCUGAUGAUGCAUCCCUUUCUAGUACUUAAUGUAACUCCUCCCCAAAAAACCAAAUUUAGGCGAUGAGUUCUUAUACCAUGAUGAUGAUACUA